AUGGAGGAAGCAGUGGAAGCCUUCAAGAAGAAGUUCCCUCAGGUCAUGGCCAAGGCCAAACCAGACUACCUGGGCACUUCCUGCAGUGAAGAGGAUCUUCGCAGACGUUUCCAAAGCCUUGGGCAAACAAUCGGACGAGACGAGGCUUUAGGAUUAGUGUUAGGUGAGCCUUUGCUUCUAGCGAUGCAGGAGGAGAAUCUCAAAGCCUCCUGGGAGGCCAUGCUGGAGGUGGCCAAGUCGGAUCGUUUGGCCGCAUUGCGGGUGGUGAGAAAGCGUCCGGGGGCUUUGAUCGCACCAGCCGCAGGCUUCAAAGGGAAGAGUUUGGGUGAAUUUGAGGCUGUGGCGCAGAUGGAAGAUGCCUUCCGACCCGCCACCGACACCUUGAAGAGUCUCGGCCCUGAGGGUAUCGCCUUGGGAGCCGCCGCCUUGGGCAUGGCAGCCCUGGGAGCCAUGGGCGCCAAAGCGGCAGCAAGACCCCCGUUGAACUCCAAAGGAGUGACAAAGCCCAGGCGCUGA